UGGUCAGUUGAGUGCGGUACCUAGCAGCAAGCGGACGUGUCUUUCUUCGUCGACAGUGGAACUAGACGGGCCGUGGCGAUCACGAUCAAGUGUGCGUGUGUGUAUGUACGUUGGCGAGUGCGAACGCAUAGCGAUUGUUGUGUUUUGUUUUUGCUCCCGUGCGAAUAUAUAAUAUAAUAGAAAUGAGGAAAUAAAUACAUGCGUAUCAAAAAAAAGAGAAAACACAAAUUAAAAGUGACAACUCGGCGAUGUGUUUUGCAUAAAUUUGCUCUAGAAUACAACAACAAAGUGCAGCAUAAAUUGAAAGAAAAAUUGUGUUUUCGAAAAAGUAAAGCAGAAAGUGUAGAGGGCGAGCGGAGAAAGGCGCGCAAAGAAUAUAGAAAGUGACCUUUAGUGUAAAUUUCGAGACGGCAGCACGUUUUCGAAAGCGAGUGACAGGCUGAAGCCGUCGUCAGCAGUGGCUGCUCCUGUAAAUUCAAAUUAAACGCCGCACAUUCGAUGCAAGGUGGCGCGUAUGCAGCUGUAUAGCAUAGUUACCUGAACCGACAACCCCACAACGAGAUUUAGACGAUAGCAGCUUGAACAUAUUAACGGCUGUGACACGCAGCGGUUGGCUCAGUUGGAGUAGAAGUGCGCGCAAAAUGACAACCCGCCAACACAGUUUCCAAUGGUGCCUGCUUAUAACGGCUGCGAUUUUACUGCUGCCAGCGGCAUAUGGCUUUCCUUUCAUCUUCAACAGCAACCGUAAGGUGAUCAACUGGACUGUGCCGGAAGACGAUUGGGAAAUCCAUGCAGCGCCGCGCAGCAUAACGCCGCACGUCGAACUGAAAAAGUUUCCGAACCGCACAAACGCCGAACCGGGACAGAGCGAUGAAGAGUUUUUGGCGCGUUUGCGUCAACUCAAACGCAACGACACAAUGGCGCGCAUGCUGUGGUAUGACACUACACCGGAUGGGCUUAGCUACCCACCGUUCGUGGACAAGGCGCUGAAGUUGUUCAAUCUCAAGCAGGUGGCGUUCGAGAUCGAGAACAGCGUAAUGUCCAAAGUCUCAUGUACCGCCUGCAAGGCCGGCGCUGGACUGCUGCAGCAUUACAUACGCGCGGGCAAAACCGAGGCGCAAAUCAUCAAGUUGAUUUACGAAUUUUGCGUUAACCUCAACAUACAAAGUCCACGCGUGUGUGAGGGCGUCUCGACACUCUUCGGCAGUGAAGUGAUUUAUGUGCUGCAGCGCGUCAAUCUCGGCCCCGAUGAGAUUUGCAGUUUUGUGAUCGGCGACGCUUGUGGUGAUGUUUACAAUCCGUACCAUGAGUGGGAAGUGAUAUUUCCGCCAGUGCCUAAACCGCCGGUUGCCGAAGUCGGUAUGCCAAAAGAGGCAGCGCCAUUCUUCAAAGUGUUACACAUCUCAGAUACACACUACGAUCCGCACUAUGUGGAAGGCUCCAAUGCUAACUGCAAUGAGCCGUUAUGUUGCCGAUUGAGCAGCGGACGUCCCUCGAAUCCGAACGAUGCGGCCGGUAAGUGGGGCGACUACCGCAAGUGCGAUACGCCGAAACGUACGGUGGAUAAUAUGUUGGAGCAUAUCGCCGAUACGCACAAAGAUAUUGACUAUAUACUGUGGACGGGCGAUCUGCCGCCACAUGACGUUUGGAACCAAACGAAGGAGGAGAAUUUGGAGAUUAUCAAGGAGACUGUACGCCAAAUGACGGAAAAGUUUCCCGGCAUACCGAUCUUCCCGGCGUUGGGCAAUCACGAAAGUGCGCCAGUGAACAGCUUUCCGCCGCCGUAUGUGAACCAAGUGGACAUCUCUAUAUCGUGGUUAUAUGAUGAAUUAGAUGUGCAGUGGCGUCGUUGGCUGCCACAGAGUGUCUCGCAUACUGUGCGACGUGGCGCUUUCUAUUCGGUACUCGUGCGGCCGGGCUUCCGUAUUAUUUCGCUCAACAUGAAUUAUUGCAAUAAUAAAAAUUGGUGGUUACUGCUCAAUUCCACAGAUCCGGCGACGGAGCUGCAAUGGUUCAUAUAUGAGCUGCAAAGCGCUGAGUUCUCCAACGAGAAAGUACAUGUGAUCGGUCACAUACCGCCAGGUCAUCCGGAUUGCUUGAAGGUCUGGUCUCGCAACUUCUAUCGCAUCAUUUCGCGUUACGAGAGCACAAUUACCGCACAGUUCUACGGUCACACGCACUUUGACGAGUUCGAAAUGUUCUACGAUCCGCAUGACCUUAGUCAUCCCACAAGUAUAGCAUAUAUUGGACCAUCGGUAUCACCCUAUUAUGAUCUAAAUCCGGGUUAUCGUGUGUACUAUGUUGAUGGUGACCACGACACGACCACACGUCUAGUCGUGGAUCACGAGUCUUGGAUCAUGAAUUUGAAGGAGGCAAACCUUUACGACUACCCGAUAUGGUAUAAGUUGUAUACGACACGUGCGGCGUAUAAUAUGAAAGCACUUAGGCCUGUGGACUGGAGCAACCUAAUCGAUGAGAUGGCGAAUAAUCAAGAAUUAUUUGAUUUGUAUUACAAAAACUACUGGAAGAACUCACCCAUACGGCCGGUAUGUGACGCCGAAUGCCGUAAGCGUAUGUUGUGCGACUGCAAGAGCGGACGUUCGCACGACCGACGGCAUUUCUGUGAAGACGUCGAGGCGAAGGUGGACGACGGCUCGUCGAAAUCCUGGAAGUCAUGGCUGUACCGCGGCUUGACGAACUCUUAUAGUCUGAUCUCGUCCAUCACGUACCUGCCCAAGUACCUGAUGGGCUUCGGCUGAAGCGGAGUUGGCGCCAGCGAUAGCUGAUGUAAGCCUGUUAGUAUCCUAAUAAAAGAAAAAGGCCAAAACGAAUAUACAACGCGCGGACUUGAAAUCGAGAGAGAGAGAGAGGGACCAGAGCUGUACAUACUGUAGCAAGUUGAGAGAAUUUCUCCUGUAAAAGUGCAAACAGAACAAACUCAUAUGCAAAUUUCUAUUAUAAAAUAUUUUAAUUAUAAAAAUUAUUUAGGUUGUAGCUAUAAAAUAGUGUGUGUGUGUAUUAGGGUGGGUAAUUUUUUUUUAUUAAUUUGGCGAUUCAUUUUAAGAAAUUUUGGUUGUCGAUCUCAACAAUGAGCUCCGAAAACUGGCGUCUAGCGAUGUUUUUUCAGCUUAAAAUUGUAUCAGAACUUUAGAUACCGUUAAAAAAUAUAUGAAAACAGUAAAAAAUAUUAAAUGCAUAAUAAAG